CCAGAGCCAUGUUCUCGAGCUUCAAUUCCUUUCUCCCCUCCGUAUUUCAGCCUAACCAAGACGCUAGAUCACCACAACCCACUCCACAAGAGGAAAUAGAAGAGCCAGAGCAGACAAAUGUCGAACCAUCUGACCAUCCCUCCACCAUUAAGAAACGAGAGAAGAAGGAGAAACCUACCAACGAGACGUUCAUCGUCGUACGACCACCUCCGUCAAAAACGAACCAUCCGCUAAACCUCCAAGUUCAACUCGUCCCUCCUAAUUCCCGACAAGAUCGCCGUUCUGGCUCACUCGCCAGCCUUGAUCCUGCAACUGCCGCUGGCGACCAGGCUGAGAACGGCCAGCCCUUGGGACAAGACCUCCAGCGGGUUGCGUCCAAUAGGUCUGACACCUCGGCGUACUCAGGCUACGCGUCUGGGACUGCCUCCGUCAGCUCGUUCGCGUCAACUUCCACCAGCUCUAGCAGGCGCAUGAUCAUUCCGUUAUACAACCUCCAGGCACAUAAUGUCCUUCAGAACAUCAUCGUAGACGCCGGGACCGAUGCCAAGGUCGCCAAGUUCGGGAAGCGCGGCAUGGAGAUUGUGGGUCUGGCGUUUUUGGAGCCAACGGAAGUUUGGGGUUCCCAUUCACUGCCAGGCGCACUUCCAGCAGGUCCAGCAGGGAACACUAGCACCCGCGCUAGUUUGGACGAGCCGCCUCGCGAAUUUAGUCUGCUUCCAAAGGUACAGCCUGCCACCGCAUUACCCGCUACCCCCGAACGCCCCUCCACCGCUACCGGUAUACCCCAACGCCCUUCCAUCCCGCCAACGCCUUCUACGGGAGAUGCAACGCCAACCCCGGAAAACACUCAGCAGAAGAGCUCCAAGAAGCUCUUCAGCAGGAUGUUCAGGCGCAAGGACCAGGCACGGCCACCAUCUGUCUCUCUUGCGUCUAACGCCGACUUGGGCGCAUCACUCAGUCCCCAGCCCCGCGGCCUCCUCUCACGUCCAUCGGUGGAGGUGAACCGCAACUCCAUCGCCAUGGACCAGGGUAUAGCUGGUGACGGCCUUCCCACCACCACCUCAAUGGCGUCAGCUUCCGCUCUUUGCCCGGCAGUCCUGGGCGUGCAACCAACUUUAUAUCCCCCCAUCUUCCCUCCCAGGGGCCGGCCGACGAAGUAUGUCUGGGUGGUGCGGAAGUGGCUGAAGGGCACUGACAAUGGCAUUCUCAAUGGGAUGAUGGGCAAGCUGAGCGUGGGGACCCGGGCUGACUCUGGAUCAUCUGCGCUGCCGCACGUCGAGGUACGCAUCGAGUGGACGCGGAAGAAGGACAAGAACGAUCGCCGAGACAAGAAGGCGCGCAAGGGCACGCUCGACAUCCCCUCCGAGAGCCAGACGGUGUCGCGGCGCGGCUCCACUGCGCUCUCGUCGGACUCGCAUUCUGUGGCCGACGCCAACGGGAACGGGCCCGUGCGCGCUGAGCACGUGGACGACCUGCUCGACUCGAUACCGCGGUCCAGGAAGAAACGGAGGCAGUCCGUGGAGCAUCAGAGCUUGAGCUCGGGCACGGGCGGGAGCGACGAUCAUGAGGUGGCGAGCUCGGCGGCGCAUGGCAAUGCGUACGACUCGGGCGACGAAACGGAUCCGGAGGACUCGGAUACGCCGUGGUCGUGCACGCUGUCCAUGGCACGGGUCGGCCCGCUGCGGGGUGUAGAGGCGAACGGGCAAGGGGCGAAGCAGUCGCCGGCGGCGCUGCGGCUCAAGGUUGCGAUGCUGUCGCCAACGCCGCACCAUCCCAAGGUCGUCAGUCUGCUCAAGGUGCCGUUCCCGCUGCCCGACGUUGAGGUGGACAGUCUUACGGUGCGCAAGCGGACGGUGACGCCGCAGGGUGUGAUGCGGACGGUGAGUGACGACGUCCAGCUGGUGCUCACCGCGGAGGAGAUCAAGGAUACGAUCAGCACGACGGCGCUCUGGCUUGUCGUGCGCGAGUCGUUCGGUGGCGUUGGCCGAGAACGCAGGAAGGGCGACGGAUGGCGUAUCAGAGGCUAAGCUCGAAGCUCCCGCGCGGCAACUAAACAAGUCAAGUCGGAGAAUCCGUCACAGGGGUGAUCUUCGACACCUCGCUUUAUCGAUUUAUCCUUGGCAAGCUCGCAUCAACCGAAUUCCCGAGGGCUACAUCUCUCUUCAAGCGCUCGUCGACCCGUAUACCGCUGCUUGCUCGGUUCAUAUCCCUUCAUCUUGCCAUCGUGCCCAUUUUUACCGCCCAAGGCCUCACGUCCUCGGUACUUGAUAUCAAUCGCCUGCAUUGCACACCCGUCUCCGUCUAUCUAUUCCGUAACAGCCUUCCAUUCGUCCAUCGUCCACGUCACAAGCACUUCUCCACGUUUUAUAAAGGCUGAUCUGCCAUCCCGCUUUCCAUGAAGAUUCAUCUCCGCACACGACUCACAAGAGUAUUUAUUCAAGAUUCGGAAGUCAGCCUCACCGCACACGUUCGAACUCCGUGGUUAUGCUUUAUCUCACUCUCAUCGGGCUCAUAUGCAUCCUUCUUUCUCUCAAGCUUCCCUUCCUUUCUAGUUCCUCGCCUUCAAGAGUGCUUCUUUCAUCGAGUUCAUGAAUCAUCGAGUUUCAUCCCAUUCAUUCAUUGUCUUGUUAUUAUUUUCCGCUCCAUCUCGAUUAUACAUCGGCACGAGACGUGUCCGGUCAUCGAUUCAUCAAUUGACUGCUUGCUCGGUUUUACUACUUUGGGCUGGGCGCGCGCGUGCGCGCCUACUAAUAUUGAGAAGGGUACCAUACGUUUUGUAAUAUAUCACCCCCCUGGUCAGCUUGAAUCUUCUUUC